CCAGGAAUGGGUCCAGGACCUCGGGGGCCCUUCCAGAGGGCCAUGUCCAUGGAAGGGAAGCCUCCGGGUGGUCCUGGAGGAGCUGGUAGACGCCCCAUGCUUAUCAAGCAGGAGAUGAUGGGCAGCCCGGACAGCUACCCUGGAAACAUGGGACCAAUGAACAGGGGCAUGGUUCCUCAGAGGUCUCCCAUGGGUGGGUCAGGUGAGUGGGGCAUGCCCCGCUCCAGUGCCAGUCCUGUGGGCUCAGCAGGACACCCGUCCAUGAUGCGUCCAGGCAUGGAGUACAACAAUGGCAAGAGCAUGAUGUCAGGGCCAACGGUCAGCCGCUCCAACAGCGUCCCAGGCGGCAGGUCGAUGCUGCAGCAACAGCUCAUGGAUAUGGGUGGCUCCGCUGACAUGGGCAUGGGUAUGGGCCCCUUUACCCAGCAGGGUCAACCCAACCAGUCCCCCUCGUGGCCGGAUAACAUGAUGGGCAUGGAGGGCAGCAGACGACAGUUUGGCAGCACCUUAGAUGAUCUUCUGGUGCCUCCCACCACCAGCGAGGGUCAGAGCGACGAGCGGGCGCUCCUCGACCAGCUGGACUCUCUGCUGAACAACACAGAUGGCAUCGCUCUGGAGGAGAUAGACCGAGCCCUGGGAAUCCCAGACCUCGUCAGCCAGACCCAGGGGGCAGAGCAGCAGCUGGAGCCGUUUCCUGGACAGGACCCGUCCAUGGUGCUUGACCAGAAGCCCCUCUAUGGACAGGGCUACCCAGGACCCCCCUCCAUGCCGAUGCAGUCCGGCUAUGGAGGGAACCCCAUGCAGGGGCAAGCCCAGCAGGGUGGGUUUGGGCCCAUGCUCUCACAGAUGGGGCAAGGGGGCAGUUUCCCUGGAAUGGGCGGAAUGGGGGGCAUGGGUCACCCUCGAGCCAACAUGAUGAGGCCGAGGAUGAUGAGUGCCAACAAGCCCAUGAGACUCCAGCUGCAGCAGAGGCUGCAGGGACAGCAGUUUAUGAAUCAGACGCGGCAGGGCAUGGGCAUGAAGAUGGAGAAUCCAGGAGGGAACCCUGGCAUGAGGCCUGGGAUGCAGCCUGGCAUGGGAGGACAGCAGGGCUUCCUCAAUGCUCAGAUGAUGGCUCAGCGCAGCAGGGAGAUGGUCACCAUGCAGAUGAGGAGGCAGCGCAUGAUGAUGCUGAUGCAGCAGCAGCAGCAGCAGCAGCAGGCGGCGGCCGCAGCAGCUGCAGCAGCGGGAGGAUUCAGUCCGCCUCCGAACGUCACAGCUCCUGGUGGCAUGGACAACCCUAUGGGGGGGCCAGGCCCCCAGCAGUUUGGCUAUGGUGGGAGCUAUGGGAUGGGCCAGCAAGGAGACCCCUCGUUUGGCCCCUCAGGCGGCAGUCCUCCUAACGCCAUGAUGCCAGGCCGUCUGGGACCUCAAAACCCCAUGAUGCAACAGCACCCACAGGGCGGUCCCAUGUACCAAGGUGCAGAUAUGAAAGGCUGGUCGCAGGGAGGCAUGGGGCGCAACAGUUCAUACCCUCAGCAACAGUUUGGGCAGCAGGGACCUCCGGGGCAGCAGCAGUUUGGGCAGCAGGGGAAUCCAGGGCAGUAUGGCGGCAUGAUGAUGAACGGGGGCAUACCGGCCAGCGGAGGAGGGGGACACAUGAGCCAGAUGGGAGGACAGAUGGGUAUGAACCCGAUGGUGAUGGGACGCAUGCCUAUGGGGCCUGAUCAGAAAUACUGCUGAACCUGGCGACAGAAGCAUUUAUCUCACUGUGAUUCAGAGACGGGACACAGCUGCAGCACUGGAGAGUGUGUGGAAGAUCAGGUGCUGUGUGUGUGUGUGUGUGUCCGUGUGCAGUGCUGCGCUCUCACCAGACGGGGGAGUGAACUUCCUUUCUUUUGGACACAUGGCCAGUAGUUGCAGUCCUGCAACGUGAGGAAAAAUCGACAGGCCGACACACACGGUUCAUGAAAAUCAGAAACACUGUGACUCAUUCACACGCAUAAAGACUGUCAGACAGCUCUGGGAUUCCUCGCGUGGACUGUAGUUUUAAAUUCGUCUCUGUCCGUGCAGCGUGCGCACCUCAGUAAACGCACAGCUCGCUGGACCAAACCAGUGACGGUGGGCAGGCAUUUGCAUUGAUCACGAACUCGGACAAAACGCGUGCGGACACCAUCUCCUUCGUCGAAUGUACCACGGGGCUGUGUUCAGAUUUCCAAACUUGGGAUUCCUUCUCUUCGUCUCUGAACCUUGUGGGAUUUUCUCAAAUUUGCCGUCUCUCUGCUGCCCUUGGAAGAAAUAUCUGCUAAACGAACCCGGUUUUAGACGACGAGCCAUCAGAUUGUGACACUCAGAUGAAUGUCAUUAAGCAGUAGCACAUUGUUUCGCUCCUCCAGGACGAUGCUGGGCUGAAGUACGACUGAAUUAUUUGUUGGCUGAUUGCACUUUAAGGAAAGGCCAACAUCAAAUGGAUUGUGGCAAUAUAGAGGCCUUUACCCAAGAAAUGACACAUAGCAGCAGACAUUUACUGUUUAUUUUUGUGUGUGCGUGUGUUUUCCUCUCCGAGAAAUGGGGGCUGUUGAUGGGGAAUGGGUAACCAUGAUGAUCUUUGUUCUAAAGCGGGAACCAGUAGAAAGGCAGUAAGCACAGAUUUUAUCCUCUCUUCUACAGCGGAACGAUUUAUUACAACCAGAGAAAUUCAUAGUUUUAAACUCGUUUUAAAAAAAGAUCAUUUGGACUUUGAUUAAUGUUCAAAACUCUGCUUAUAUUUAUACAGAUUCAGGAGGAGGGCGUUUUAUCAUUCCAGAGGUGAUUUUUAAAAUCCAGAUAUUUUGGUUAUCUUGCACCAAUUUACGGUGAUGCAGAAAUUAAAAGUAUAGUCGGUGAUUAAAUUGAUAUUUGCAUGGGCUCACACAAACACACUGAGAGGAAGUGUUAGCGUUCAGUGUAGCCGCGCAGAUUUCUAGCAAUAAUCCUUCCUCCUGGUUUUCCUCUGAGGACAAAGCUGAAGCAUCAGUUACUCAAAGCGACGGUACUGCAGUAUUAGACGUGAUGUCUCGUUUGUUUGGAGCCGUUUUAUUCCUUUGUUUGUCUGUGAAUAUGAAUUGUAAAUAAGCUUCAAAUGUACUAUAUAUAAAUAUAUAUAUGCUUUUGUAGGUCACAUACUGUUUUUGCACAGAUUGUAAGGCUUGAUAUUUAAAAGUGUAAUUUUCUUAUUCCGUCAUAGGUCAGCUUUUAUUUUCAGUAGUUAAACCAUCGGGUGUAAAUGACGGGGCGUCCCUGUUUGUAAACGGUGUGGGUAGAUUUUCUCUCACGCUGCCUCGUUUUCUCAGACAUAGUCGUAGCUGAACAGGUGCUAGCUAGUAAUUUUCUCUGAAAUAAAUUAUUUUUCCUUUGCCGAAAACGCAAAAUAUGCCUAUAUACGAAAAGAGUUGACACAUGAUUGUGUUUGGCUUCAAGGGGCCCAGACGUCUUAUCAGUAUGUGAGGUUGAUUUUUUAUUUUUUACUGAUCCUGAAUCUCAUGCUUCCACGCGUGAGCUUCACUCCUGAGAUUUCUGUGCUUUGGCUUUUGCUGAUUUCAGCCUCAGAUAUGAGAAUUUGGAAAUCAGCGUUUAACUGUGUUUGUUAGUUUGUUCACAGACGUUUAAUCCUGAUGGAAGCAACAGUAGUAAGCAUUUAAAUCCCAUAACUCUUUCUUUUUUUGGGGGGGGGCAGUUUGAGUUUGCCUUUACUUUCAACGUGUUUCCUGUGAAGCUUUUGUUCAGAAAUCUACCUUCGAAAGGCAACAUGCUCAAUCCAAAGAUUUUUGUUUGUCAUUCUGCGGUGCGUAGAAACAGUUCCUGACGUAGAUCGUGCAAGUUCUCAUGUGUGCUUUUAUUGUUGCACAUAACCUAUGAUAUACAUUGAACUAAAUAUGUUUAAUUGCAUAUAUUAUAUCCCCCAUCAGUAUGAGAUAGAGUAGAGACGAGUCUGCUGAGGUGGUUUUGCCUUUUUGUUUGUGAUUGUUUCUUCCUUCCUGUAGAACUUACACCCUCGGUUGAAUUGUGGUGCUGCAAACGGUUAUUUCACCUGAGAAUGUCGAAUCUGGAGCGGAGAGGACUCGUGAUUGAUGUCAUUAUGUCUCAGAACAGUAGCUCGGAGUUGUCCGUUUUGUUUUGUUUUAUUUCAAAUCCUGAUCUCUAUGAAGAAGAUGAAAGAUUGAUCUACAAGUAUUAAGAACAUGCCUGUGUUUUGCUUAAAGAAAAGAGAAGACACACCUGGGAAACUUACAGUCAUAACUACAGGAUGUAAAAUACCAUUGCGUUUUUUUCUUACCUUGUUCCUUGAUGUUAAUA